AUGGGCGAGUACUCGAAAGCACGUUCAUCUUACGAACGAGCACUUGAAAUCUGGAAAAUAGCUCUUCCUCCAAAUCAUCCCAACUUGGCUAGACUCUACAACAACAUUGGUUUGUUGUAUUAUAACAUAGGCGAGUACUCGAAAGCACUUUCAUCUUACGAACGAGCACUUGAAAUCUGGAAAAUAGCUCUUCCUCUAAAUCAUCCCUCCUUGGCUACUUCAUACUGCAACAUCGGUAUGGCGUAUAGAAACAUGGGCGAGUACUCGAGAGCACUUUCAUUGUUCGAACGAUCACUUGAAAUCGAAAAAAUAGCUCUUCCUCCAAAUCAUCCCGACUUGGCUGCUUCCUACAACAGCAUUGGUUCGGUGUAUGAUGAAAUGGGCGAGUACUCGAAAGCACUUUCAUCUUACGAACGAGCACUUGAAAUCUGGAAAAUAGCUCUUCCUCUAAAUCAUCCCUCCUUGGCUACUUCAUACUGCAACAUCGGUAUGGUGUAUAGAAACAUGGGCGAGUACUCGAGAGCACUUUCAUUGUUCGAACGAUCACUUGAAAUCGAAAAAAUAGCUCUUCCUCCAAAUCAUCCCGACUUGGCUACUUCCUACAACAACAUCGGUUCGGUGUAUUAUGACAUAGGCGAGUACUCGAAAGCGCUUUCAUCGUACGAACAAUCACUUGAAAUCCGAAAAAUAGCUCUUCCUCAGAAUCAUCCCGACUUUGCUCAAUCCUACAACAACAUCGGUAUAGUGUAUUAUAACAUAGGCGAGUACUCGAAAGCGCUUUCAUCGUACGAACAAUCACUUGAAAUCCGAAAAAUAGCUCUUCCUCCGAAUCAUGCCGACUUGGCUGCUUCCUACAACAACAUUGCUUCGGUGUAUAAUAACAUGGGCGAGUACUCAAAAGCACUUUCAUCGUUCGAACGAUCACUUGAAAUCCGAAAAAUAGCUCUUCCUCCGAAUCAUACCGACUUGGCUACUUCCUACAACAACAUUGCUUCGGUGUAUAAUAACAUGGGCGAGCGCUCGAAAGCACUUUCAUCGUACAAGCGAUCACUUGAAAUCGGAAAAAUAGCUCUCCCUUCGAAUCAUCCCAACUUGGCUAUUUCCUACAACAACAUCGGUUCGGUGUAUUAUAACAUGGGCGAGCGCUCGAAAGCACUUUCGUCGUUCGAACGAUCACUUGAAAUCCAAAAAAUAGCUCUCCCUCCGAAUCAUCCCGACUUGGCUUGUUCCUACUGCAACAUCGGUAUGGUGUAUAAAAACAUGGGGGAGUACUCGAAAGCACUUUCACAUUACGAAAAAGCCGAAGAAAUCUGGCAAAAGUCACUACCUUCAAAUCACCCAAAUAUUGCACUUGUGAAAAGAAACAUUGAAAAUGUAAAAAAGAAAAUGUAA